UUUAAUAUCCCAAUUUACACACACACACACAUUGUCACAUAAUUUUAGCAGGUAAAUCAUCAUGCUAUCAUUAAUGUGGAGAGUCAAGAGAAGGGAUUCUUCUAAUUCCGAGAAAAAAAAUAUUUUCGAUAUUUUUUCGAAUAGAAGUAGUUAUUCGAGUGAAGAAAAUAUGAAAUCCGAAGAUGGAGUUUCUUGCGACGAUUAUCAAUGUUCUUACAAUUUUCUCAACUCUUGCCACCUCUGUCACAAGCCAUUGAGUGGCAAAGAAAUUUACAUGUAUAGGGGUGAAAUAGGAUUUUGUAGUGAUGAAUGCAGAAGCAAGCAAAUGUAUUUGGAUGACAUGAAGAAAAUUGAAAUUUCUACGAAAAGAAUCUUGGCAUCUUUUCAUGAGCGACGUCGCAAUGGAGGUGGCCGGUGCGAAGCUAGAGGUGUCGGAAGAGCCGAGGCGGCGGCGGCGACGCCCAUUUUCGCCUUGCAGUAGAGAAGUUUUUAGUUAAUGGAAAGGUGGUUUGGUGACAAAUUUAGCUCGAGUGGGAGUUAGGUUAAUUAAUUAGCUUAUUUAGCUCAUGUAUUUUUUAUCGUUCACAAAAACUAGUCCUAUAAUUGAGUAAUGUACUUAGAUUUUAAGAAAUAUAUGGUAUAGUAGUAUGUUAUACUAAUAGGUGUUGUGAGUAGAAAUAUGAGUUGAUUUUAAGGUGAAACUUUAUUAUUA